AUGAGAAUGGGUCUGUGGCUGCAGACGCCGAAACUCCUUCGUGCCAAGGAUGUCGAAGGCGGAAGCUCCGCUGUUCGAGGGAUAAGCCCGUAUGCAAUCAUUGUGAGAGGUUGGAAUAAGCCUGGUAUCAAGACUGGCGUUAUAGAGGGCUUAAAUCGUCGCGUUGAGGCUCUUGAGAGCACGGUUUACAACAAUGUUCAGCCCCAAGACCCAGGGUCAUCAUCCGAGUCUUCACAAAUCAUCUCAGCAUUCUCAGGCCUCAUCCAGGAGUUGCGAGGUUUAGUUUCCAGUACUGCACGUACAUUGCCACAGCAAGUGGCACAGUCAACACCAUCUCAAGCUCAACACACACCAGGUGCUGUAUCUCUCUCUUCUCCCAACGAUGUUCAACAACAACCACGAAAGAGAAGGAGGGUAGACAGUUGCGGCAACCCAAACAUCGAGCUUGCGAGUCAACUUGGUGAGCUUGGAAGCACAUCCAGCCAACUUCCCCCUCCAGAGCUGCUCGAGGAGGCCAUCAACGCCUACUUCAUCGUGGUUCAGCCGUGGAUACCCAUUCUGCACGAGACUCGCUUCAGAAGUCGCUUUUACAACCACGAACAACUGCCUUGUUUAACCGUGCUUCUGCACGCGAUCGUGGUUGCAGCUAUACGCUUUGUGGAGCCUUCCGGUCAGAAGCUCUCCGAAAAGGACAUUGAGACAUGGACAUCAAGAUCGAGAAGUAUAGUACUGCUAUCAGCCAUGGAUGGCAUGAGCGUCGAAAAUUUGCAGGGACUAAGUAUCAUAGCCUUCACAGACAUGGGCAAUGGAGACAUGUCACGAGCUUGGCCCAUCAUAGGCUCACUUACAAGAACUGUUGAGUAUCUCCAGCUAAGUGUUGAGAUGGAUGAUCGGCAACAAGGACCGCUCCUUAAACCUCUGACAUCGUUGCCGCCAUCCAAGAACUGGACGCAAGAUGAGGAGCGAAGAAGAGUGUUUUGGAGUAUCUUCAACCUCGAUAGACUUUGCUCCGUUAUGACUGGAUGGAACACCAGCCUAACGUCAGACGACGUUCGCAGAAGACUUCCCGCCGAUGGAGGUCUCUGGCAUAAAGAAGAAACAGUCCUUACUCCCUACUUCGGCAUCUGGGAUCGAUCGGCCGCCAAGAUGGGAAACUCAAUCGUCUUCCUCCCAGCGCACUAUCCCAGCCCCGAACAAGCGACCGAGCCACCCCCUGAGACCCCUUCCACCAAUACAACAGCACCAAAGGGGAAUGAUACAGUCGAUAUGACAACUGUGGGGGCGUUCGCUUAUUGUAUUGAAGCGACUGAGUCUUUGAGUCGGGUGACUACUUACUUUCUUCAGCAGAGGAUUAACUUCAGAGAUCGGCAGGAGGUUGGGAAUUGGCUGACUAGGUUUAAGGAACUAGAUUUACGCCUGGUUCACUGGAAAAUGUUCCUUCCUCAGAAAUGGAAGGACUCCAACAUUUCGCGAAGACCAACUAUCAUCAACAUGGACCCGAAUCUUACACUAGCCCACAUCACGCAUAAUACCUCCAUGAUUCUACUACAUCAACAGAUAGCCUAUCCAGCACCCCAAUGGACGGGCAUAGUUCGUAUGCCAAGCGCGCACAGCGCAGAGACUUGUCAAAUCGCAGCAGCAGAGACAGCAACAAUUACCCAUAAGUAUCUCAAACAUGCGCCAGAGAACAGUCCGGUGAAUAGUCAAUUUGCUUUCUGCGUAUUUCUUAGCGCUCGAGCUUUGUUGGUGCAUUGGAGAUACUACAAGACUGAAUUAGCUCCUGAUUUUUGGGUCUUGGUUGACAGUCUGGAUGCUUUCGCCAAACGAUGGGCUGGACAUUUUUCCAAGGCGAAAGUCCAGACAUGUCUGGCUGGAAAGUAUAGCGCUCAGCUUCGUGCUCUCCAUGAAAGGUGUGAGGCGAAUCCGGAUUAUUCCCCUGAUGUCGUUGGAUAUUCGACAGAUGGUUUCAUCCCUACGAACUCCGAACAAAGUCCUCGCGACCAAGACUCCAGCCUACAGGCAGUGCGUCACAAUGAGUCAGCGACAGACCUUUUACACGCUUCCUUCGAAACAGGAUCACAAAACCACCAGUUUCCUCUCGAUCAGGUACAGACUCACCUGCCCAGUCAUCAACUCAACUUCCUACCACAGAUAUCUCCUACGAAUCAGGGCCUAGAGCACAAUUCUCCUGACGAGCUGUCGGCUAUUUCAACGGUUCUCAUGGAUCAGGACUUUAUGCAGAUGGAUCGAGUUAUUAGUUUUGACGAUAUGAUGUUUACAGCUCAAACCAUCGAUGAUCAAGGAGGGCCUUUCUCAAUGAACAAUUGGACGUUAGGUUAA